AUGGCUGGCCCACCAUCAUACCCCGCCAAUACCAACCUCACGUCCAACCCACCACCCCCAUCGACAUCAUCACAGUCCAACGCCGCAUUCACACCAAGCGCAACCUCCAUCGCCGACUCCUCCGACAAUGAAUUUGAGCCAACCCCCGUCCACAGCCCAGGCGGACCCCAAUAUGAAGAUUUGCCACCAUCCUACGACGAAGCCCGCGACCAAGCCGUCCACGACACCCGUCAUGGAAUCGCGCCCGUAGACCCCAGCCAAAUCGAAGCCCACCGCAUCACCACCAACGAAGGACCAAAUGAGCCAGAAAUAUGGGAGUACCGCGUAAGAGGCGAAGAAACAGAUCCCGCAAGUGAACAGGAACAAGCACCAGACUAUGCGAAUCACACAAACGACAAGGCCACCAGUGUUCCAGUCCAGCAUGUCAGUACGAGUGAGAACAUCGCAGUGGGACGAGUGUAUAGCGGAUCUACUUCCUCGAGCAGCAAAGAAAAACAGCAUGAUCUAGCUUCUGACUUGCUCACCCAAGCUCUGGAGUUCAGCCGUGAAGAACCAGAUGCAAAGGCGCAGUAUGCACCGCAUCUAAACCGCAUCAUCGCGAUACCCGAGCACGCAGGACCAGCAAGACGUGCAGACGAACACGUAUACUUCCUAGUUGCGUACGCUGAAGUGUUGGACCGACAUUCCAUCAAGCCAGCCGAGUUUGCCGACUUCCUAUACGGUCUACAAGUCCUGACUACAGCGGCGCACACGACAGCUGAAGACUUGCUUCAAAAACCGUCCCAUCAAGGACUCUCUUCCAGCAUCGUACACGACUACAUCCGAGGAGCGAAUGAAGCCUUCUUCGCGCCAAGAGGCCUGAUUGUGUCGUUCCGCAGCGAGACGGCGCUUCUAGACAUGCUUCCCAUACCUGCGGGCCACAAACCCAGCGUUCUCGCCAACCUGGCCGAUAAGACUGCAACGGCUGAAUGGCGUGCAAGGCAAUUAUACCCCUGGAUCGAAGCUCUCGACGCGGACGCAGUGCCGAUGCCGAGCGAGAGAGUGCUCAAGCUGCAUGAGAUGAGUGAACGUUUCUCAGGUCCGACGACGGCUACUGGCUCGCCUGAUCAUGCUGGAAACAGCGGUCUUGGAUCUGCUGGUGCACAUGAAGACCCUCCUCACUCCAUCCCCGGUCCUCCAGAGGAAUCCUCCCACGCACACGGUCGACACGGACGAGGCGCCCAUCAUCCCCGCGGCAGACGAGGCGGCCACUGGUCGCCGUUUGGUAUGCCUGGCCAUGGCCCCUUUGGUGCACCCGGCAACGGUCCAUUUGGCGCUCCCGGGAAUGGGCCUUUCGGACGUGGUGGCCGAGGAGGACCUUUCGGACCCCGCGGCAACGCCUUCUUCGGUCGAGGAGGCUGCUCCCCUCGCGGCGGACGAGGACGCGGACGCGGACGUGGACCACCACAGUCCGCAAACGAGUGGGCGGAAGUAGGCAAAGAACUAGGGAAAAUCGGUGAGCAAUUCGGUAGACAUAUGGGGGAUCUAGGUGUGGAGAUUGGGAAGCGUGCGAGUGCUUUUGGGGUGGGGGUGGGUAGGAUGGCUAGUGGAAACGCAGGUGGAAGUCCAACUUCUUACGAGCAAGUCCACAACGACCUUCCACCUGCGUACGACACGCCACCGGGACAGGAGACAGGCGUGCUAUAUGGCGAUCGUAAAGUCGACACGGCAUACCCUACCGACACGAAGGAUAAGGGGAAAGCUGUUGCAAAGGACGUGGAUGACGACGACGACACCUCCUCGUUGUCAUCUGAUAGUUCAGACUCAGAUUCAGACUCCUCGGAUGACGACUACGACUCCGACUCCUCCAUCACCCCCGCCACCACCGACAAGACCAAAGCCCUCAAGCUCGCACGCCGCCAGAUCAAACAGCGGAACCGUGAGCUGAAGAAACAACACCGCGCCAAGAAACGCGAGUUGAAAGCCAAACACGCGGAUACCAAAAGCAAAGGCAAAGGCAAAGCCAAGUCCAAAGCAAAGAAAGACCCGGAGUACAAAGCAGCGAAGAAAGAGUAUAAAGCGCAGAGGAAGGAACUGAAGAAAGAGAGACUGGCUGUGAAAAGGGAGUGGCGGGAGGCGAGGGACGAGAUGAAGAGGGAGAAGAGGGGGGUGAAGGGUAUGGUAGCUGGGAGUAAAUCGAGAGAAGUGCCUAUGAAAGAGGGAGAAAGGAACGAGAGGAUCUGGUUGGUGAUCGAGAAUUUGGCGCCUUAG